GGCUUCCCCUCCACAGCAACCCUGAGCUGCGUCAGCCCAGGCGCCCCCUGCCUCGCAGGGGCUGAGGCCCGGGGACAGGGGUGGACAGGUGCCCCAAGGACUGGAGCAGGGGGAGCGACGCCCAGGCCUGACGGACAUGGCCUGGCUGGGAGCCAAGGGUCCCUGUGCGGUUGGCCCCGGAAGGGGAGGGGCCUGUGCGGAUCUGCCAGCCCCAUGAUAGAUGGCUCAGGGGGUGCUUUCCGUGGGGGCCGCGGGGGUGUCCCACCGCCCCUCUGCUCACCUGCACUCUGGAAGCCAAGGCCGCGCCAGUGCUGGGCUCUGGUCUAAAGAGCGCACUCUUCAGAGGAGUGCUGCCGGAUUGGCUGAGGCCCCGUCCACUGGAACCUUCGAAUCCUCCACAUCCCAAGGCUCGUCCUGGGCGAGGCCUGAGGGAGACCGAGUCCCAGGAAGGCCUGGAAAGGCCAGGGCUACGCCACAACCCAACGACAGGCAGCUGCGAGCCAGGACCCCGCGAACCAGGAUAUGGAGAAGGAGCGCGAAACUCUGCAAGCCUGGAAGGAGCGUGUGGGGCAAGAGCUGGACCGCGUGAUGGCUUUCUGGCUGGAGCACUCCCACGACCGGGAGCACGGGGGCUUCUUCACGUGCCUGGGCCGCGACGGGCGGGUGUAUGACGACCUCAAGUACGUCUGGCUGCAGGGGAGGCAGGUGUGGAUGUACUGUCGCCUGUACCGCAAGCUUGAGCGCUUCCACCGCCCUGAGCUUCUGGAUGCGGCUAAAGCAGGGGGCGAAUUUUUGCUGCGCCAUGCCCGAGUGGCACCUCCUGAAAAGAAGUGUGCCUUUGUGCUGACGCGGGAUGGCCGGCCCGUCAAGGUGCAGCGGAGCAUCUUCAGUGAAUGCUUCUACACCAUGGCCAUGAACGAGCUGUGGAGGGUGACGGCGGAGGCACGGUACCAGAGCGAAGCGGUGGAGAUGAUGGAUCAGAUCGUGCACUGGGUGCGAGAGGACCCCUCCGGGCUGGGCCGGCCCCAGCUCCCCGGGGCCGUGGCCUCGGAGUCCAUGGCAGUGCCCAUGAUGCUGCUGUGCCUGGUGGAGCAGCUCGGGGAGGAGGACGAGGAGCUGGCGGGCCGCUACGCGCAGCUGGGGCACUGGUGCGCUCGGAGGAUCCUGCAGCACGUCCAGAGGGAUGGGCAGGCUGUGCUGGAGAAUGUGUCGGAAGAUGGCGAGGAACUUUCUGGCUGCCUGGGGAGACACCAGAACCCAGGCCACGCGCUGGAAGCUGGCUGGUUCCUGCUCCGCCACAGCAGCCGGAGCGGUGAUGCCAAACUUCGAGCCCACAUCAUCGACACGUUCCUGCUACUGCCUUUCCGCUCCGGAUGGGACCCUGAUCACGGAGGCCUCUUCUACUUCCAGGAUGCCGAUGGCCUCUGCCCCACCCAGCUGGAGUGGGCCAUGAAGCUCUGGUGGCCGCACAGCGAAGCCAUGAUCGCCUUUCUCAUGGGCUACAGUGAGAGCGGGGACCCUGCCUUACUGCGUCUCUUCUACCAGGUGGCCGAGUACACGUUUCGCCAGUUUCGUGAUCCCGAGUACGGGGAAUGGUUUGGCUACCUGAGCCAAGAGGGGAAGGUCGCCCUCACUAUCAAGGGGGGUCCCUUUAAAGGCUGCUUCCACGUGCCGCGGUGCCUUGCCAUGUGCGAAGAGAUGCUGAGCGCCCUGCUGAGCCGCCUCGCCUAGGCUCUACGGCGCCCGGUCCUCGCCCGCUGACCCCGCCCGCCGAAGCGCAGAAUAAAGCUGAGCCUGCACCAUG